GCAAUGAGAAACCACAGUGCUGUCUCCAAGUUUAUCCUCCUUGGGCUGUCUGCUGACCACCAGAUCCAGGCUCUGCUUUUUGUAUUGUUCCUGGUGAUUUACCUCUUUACCAUGAUGGGGAACCUGAUGAUGCUGGUGGUGAUCAAGGCUGAUUCUCACCUCCACACACCCAUGUACUUUUUCCUGGGACAACUGUCCUUUCUGGAUCUAUGUCACUCCUCUGUCACUGUACCCAAGCUGCUGGAGAAUCUACUGUCUGAGAAGAAAACCAUCUCAGUAGAAGGCUGCCUGGCUCAGAUCUUUUUUGUGUUUGCCACUGGGGGCACAGAGUCCUGCCUACUGGCUGUGAUGGCCUAUGACCGCUAUGUUGCCAUCAGCUCUCCUCUGCUCUAUGGCAAGAUCAUGAACACGUGGGUCUGUGUGGGGCUCGUGUGGGGCUCGUGGGGCUUAGCUUUUCUGGAUGCUCUCAUCAACAUCCUUGUAGCUCUCAAUUUAAACUUCUGUGAGAGUCAAAAUAUCCACCACUUCAGCUGUGAGCUGCCCUCCCUCUAUCCUUUGUCUUGCUCUGAUAUUUCUGCAAGUUUUACUGCCCUUCUCUGCUCCAGCCUUGUGCAUUUCUUUGGAAAUUUCCUCCUGAUCUUUUUCUCCUACAUUCGCAUUAUCUUCACCAUCCUGAGCAUCAGCUCCGCCAAAGGUAGAAGCAAGGCCUUCUCCACCUGCUCCUCCCACCUCACGGUGGUGAUCUUCUUUUAUGGCUCAGGAUUGCUCCGCUAUCUCAUGCCAAAUUCAGGAUCCACUCAAGAGUUAAUUUUCUCCCUGCAGUACAGCGUGAUCACUCCCAUGCUGAACCCCUUCAUCUACAGCCUGAAGAAUAAAGAGGUGAAGGCAGCAGUGAGAAGAAUGUUAAGAAAAUGUUUCUAG